GUGGUGUGAGUGAUCAAAGCGUUUAUGUCAAUGGAGACGGCGGAGAGGGUAUAAAAAGUGAGCACUUCGCAGCUUCGCACUGGUGCAGCGACCACGGGAGAUCCCGGUCAGGAUCAGAGCUCUGGACACCCUCACCUGCGACCACAAGCAAGAAUUUCCUCCGCUUAAACCAGGAAGCCUGCACAGUGCAGCAAGAGCUGAAAUAUCAGCAGCUUUUUAGGGACAGAGAGAGAGAGCAGUGAGUGACUUUUCACAGUCACAAAUUCUCUGCUAGACCAGGAAGCCUGUACAUUGAAAAAGCGGAGUUUUCAGCAUAUUUUUGAACAGAUAGACAGAACAGUGAGAGACUUUUGUAGCAUCCCCUCCUCAAAACAGACAAGCCUCGUGUGUUUGUUUUUCUCUGUCUAUUUUGGGACUAGCUGGCUUUUCCAUGGAGAUGUUCUGCAGAGUUACUCGGCUAUUCAGGACACUGCCCUUCCUCCUGUGUUGCCUCUCCCUGGCUCAGGGAGGUGCCGAGCCCUUGAGGCAGGAGAUGGUGACUCCUGUCCAGCUGGGAAACCAGCCCGAGAGCCCGGUUUACCAGCUGCGGGCUUUCGGCCGCGAGUUUACCCUCCGCCUGGUGCCCGACUCCAGCAUCUUGUCGCCUACUUUCCGGCUGGAGCACCUCCCGGUGGAAGAGCCAGGCUAUGCCCAGCCCCGGGUCGAUGCCGUGGAGCUCGGCCGCUGUUUUUACUCGGGCCGUGUCAAUGCCCAACCCGGCUCCGAGGUGGCACUCAGUUUGUGCCAGGGGCUCCGGGGCUCCUUCCACACAGACGGUGAGGAGUACCAGAUUGAGCCUGUCGAGCCCGGGGAUGGUGGGGCCGAGCGGCCUCACCUGCUCCGCUGGAGGAGCGCAGCAGCUGAGGGAAAACCCUGCGCCGCCCCGGAUAUCCCGGGGCAUCGGAACCGGACCGUGGCGGCCAGGGGCAAGAGGUUCGUGUCCGAGGCUCGGUACAUCGAGACGAUGCUAGUGGCGGACAGCUCCAUGCUGCAUUUCCAUGGCGCCGCCCUGCAGCAUUACCUGCUGAGCCUGAUGGCCGUGGUAUCCCGCCUGUACCGGCACCCGAGCCUGCGGAACCUGGUCAGCCUGGUGGUGGUUAAACUGCUGGUGCUCCACAGCCCGAGUGACGGCCCCGCCGUCUCCAGCAACGCCGGCCUUACCCUCCGCAACUUCUGCAGCUGGCAGCGGGACUACAACCAGCCGAGCGACCGCCACCCUCAGCACUACGACACGGCCAUCCUGUUCACCCGCCAGGAUAUCUGUGGCCACCUGAACUGUGAUACCCUUGGAGUGGCAGACACUGGGACUAUGUGUGACAGAAGCAGGAGCUGUGCUGUGAUUGAGGAUGAUGGACUUCAGACAGCCUACACUGUGGCACAUGAAUUGGGUCACGAAUUGAGCAUGCCGCAUGAUGAUUCGAAGACAUGCGAUAAGUUAUUUGGUCAGAUAGGGAAAAACCACGUGAUGGCUCCAUUGUUCAUCCGCCUCAACAGGACUCUCCCCUGGUCUCCUUGUAGUGCAUUUCACAUCACAGAAUUCUUUGACAACGGCCACGGUGACUGUCUGCUUGAUGCUCCUGUGGAUUCAGUUCCAUUGCCAACUGAGCUGCCAGGCCAGGCGUACAAUUUGAACACCCAGUGCCAGCAGAUUUUCGGGGAGAACUGCCAACACUGUCCAAAUACAUCCGAGUCCGAUGUGUGCUCUCAGCUGUGGUGCAGGUGUGAGAAUCAAACCGAAUGUCUCACCAGAAAUGGAAGUCUGCUGUGGGGAGAUGGAACUCCAUGUGGCCAGAACAAUAUCUGUAUAGAUGGCAUGUGUAUUGGGAAAGACGAGGUAGCUAGCAUGAAGCAGAAUGUUGUUGAAGGAAGCUGGGGAUCUUGGACCCCCUGGGGAGAAUGUUCCAGGACAUGUGGUGGAGGUGUGCAGUUUUCAUUCAGAGAAUGCAAUGAUCCAGUGCCUCAAAAUGGUGGGAAAUAUUGUGAGGGACAGCGAACACGAUACCGUUCCUGCAAUACAGAAGAUUGCCCAAAUAAAAAUGGCAAAAGCUUCAGGGAGGAGCAAUGUGAAAAGUACAAUAGUUGGAAUUACCAAGACUUGAUCGGCAACACUGUUAAAUGGAUACCCAAAUACUCUGGCGUGUCCCCAAGAGAUCGGUGUAAACUGUUUUGCCGUGGCAGAGGGAGAAGUGAUUUUAAAGUGUUUGAAUCCAAAGUGAUUGAUGGAACUUCAUGUGGCCCUGAUACCACAUCAAUUUGUGUCCAAGGUCAAUGUGUAAAAGCUGGCUGUGACCAUAUCAUUGGAUCCAGCAAGAAAUUUGACAAAUGCGCAGUAUGUGGUGGGAAUAGCUCAACAUGCAGGAAAAUAAGUGGCUCUCUGAACAAGUCCAAGUACGGCUAUAAUGAUAUUGUGACAAUCCCUGCUGGAGCAACCAAUAUAGAUGUCAAACAGCGGAGCCACAAGGGGAUUAAACAUGAUGGUCAUUACCUAGCUGUGAAAUUGUUGGAUGAUAAAUAUAUUCUGAAUGGAGACUAUUCUGUGAUAACAGUAGAACAAGAUAUUCCGAUCGGUGGGGCUAUUCUCAAAUAUAGUGGCUCCUCUACCACUCUGGAAAGAAUUCAAAGUUUCAAACAGCUUCAGGAGCCACUGAUAAUUCAGCUGCUGUCUAUUAGUAUAGAUACAUUGCCUCCCAGAGUGAAGUAUAGUUUUUUCAUCCCCAAAGAUGUCUUAUUUAGCAAGCAGAAAGCCAAAACUAACAAGAAGUCCCCUAAUGCCAUCAAACAAUCCAUUGCUUCUCAAUACACACUUGGUGAAUGGUCAGAAUGUUCUCGUACCUGUGGAUCUGGUUGGCAGAGAAGAAAUGUGGAAUGCAAGGACCAUGAUGGCAAUGUGUCCUUGGAAUGCAACUGGGCAUUGAAGCCGGAAGACAUCAGACCCUGUGCUGAUACGCCAUGCCCACUUUGGCAACUGGGCUCUUGGUCCUCCUGUUCAAGAACUUGUGGCAAAGGAGAAAGGAAGCGAACUGCUCUAUGUGUUGAAUACACUGGCAAAACCGCAGAAGACGAUAAAUGUGAUCUUUCCAAGAAACCCAAAUCUGCAACUGAGGAGUGCUUCUUGCAGGAGUGCUAAACAUGGCUACUUUUUAAUGUGAAAAGCAAUACAAUCUGACAGCCCAUACUAACCAGACGUGACCUUGCUUAGCUUCAGGGUUGUGUAGCCAUAGAAAAAUGGAGAAAAUGCACUAACUGACGCAAAUAGGUCAACAAAGUAGACCUGUUUGAUGUAGUAAGACAGCAAAUACCACUGUAUAUCUUUUCAUUGUUUUGCCAGAUAGUUAUCUACCUCAGAUGAUAGAGAACGUUGCCUUUCAGAAGUUAGGCUAAUAUACUGUAAGUUUUUCUUAUUUGCUGCUGUUUCAGUCUUAACGCUCAACAAGUCGACGUUGGAAAGACGACAAACCUGUAAUCAUAGUAACUGUAAUUUAAGAAUUAAAAGGUACUGCCUUUGGUGUGUGUAUAAUAGUUUGUUACAUAUCAGUCCCAUACAACAAUGUGUAAAUUUUAUGGAAGAUUUAAAACUAAUUCAGAUGUAGCAUUCCAAUACUAUAUAUAGAGUACCUGAGGUAUCCUAUACCUUCAAUGAAGGAGUGUAGUUAUUUUUAAGCUUCCUUUUAAAGCUAUUUAUUUUUGUACAGUUUAUAUCUUGUACUUCAGAUUGUGUUUUUAGAUGCUGCUGUGUUACAAACAAGAGUACUUCUUCUUCCCCUUUAUCUGUAUAGAUGCUUUACUUGGAUGCACACCUGGUUGUAAGCUCCUGUGUGGCAAAUAAGGAGAUGCUGGUCAAACUGAGAGCACGUGAAAAUAAGUCGACUUUGUUUUAUUAACACUUUAUAAAAUUGUGAUCAUGUAAGAACUCUGCCACUUUAGUGAAUAAUGCAGGAUUUGCUCUGCCAACAGCCCUGUUUAAUCUCGCACAAUAAAUCAUGGAUUAUAACUUUUAUUCUAC